UGCAUUUGUCUUCGUUGAUAAAGAACCUCAAAACGACUUCCACCUUCACUGCUCCGCUCCUGCAGUUUCUACGUUACAGGAAAGUUAGCGAGAGAAAAAGACAAAUCUCUCGAGCAGAGACGACCUGUCACGGGACAUCUUCUAUGAGUUUCACAUGAUUUCGAAGAUCGAGGCCAACUGAAGCUUUUGCAAUGCAAAUGAAGCUCCAGAUUGGUUUCAUUGGUGACUAUAAAGUCGAAGAAGGCGAUUGAGGGAAGGACAUAAAGAGAUUCCCUGAUAUCCUAAUUUUUCUAUCGAAACAGUUCGUUUCCUCUCCUUAUAUAGAAAGAAGAGUGAUCAGAGGGAAACGAUCUCUUGCUUUCAAUGGCUGCGACUGUCUUGAAUGAGGCAAAGGCAAUUGCAAGCCUGGACUCGCUGUCGAAGCCAUCGCUGGCUAUCAAGCGAAGCUCGCAAGCUAGUGAGCUCGAGUUCGCGAAGUGCGAGUGCUGCGGAUUGACGGAGGAGUGCACGCCGGCGUACAUUGCUCGGAUCCUCGAGAGAUUUGACGGCCGUUGGAUUUGUGGACUCUGUUCCGAGGCAGUCAAAGACGAGGCAUCCAGGUCAAAUAGAGUUAUCAGUCCUGAUGAAGCGUUGAAUCGGCACAUGAAGUUCUGUAAACAAUUCCGAUCUUCAACUCCUCCGAGUAAUCCUACCGAGGAUCUAAUCUCCGCUAUGAAGCAUCUGGUUCGGCGUACUCUGGAUUCUCCGAAGAAAAAGAAGGGAUUCAUUUUCCAGUCUCCGCCACCGUCCCUUGUUCGAUCCCGAAGUUGCUUUUCAAGUUUAUCAAAGUGAGUAGAAACUCUUGAUGAUCUCAGAAAAAUGCAAAACGCUGUAGUUUCGGGAAAGUUUAACGUGUGCAGAUGUUUAUGAUCAAGCUUAGUUUUGGCUUAAUGUAAUGCUACUCUUUCUGAGAGUAUGACUGAAUCCAAUAAGUUUCUUCUCUGAAUUACC